UGCUACCCACGUGACACAAGGUUGCGAGAGGAAAACAAACAAGCAACUAGAAGGCGUUAAGCUGAAAAAGGAGUUUGCAGUGAGGUUGUUGUGAAUGAAAUCACGGCUUCUUCCAGCAAGAAUUAGGGUGGCAUCGCAUCCUUUCGUAUUCUCCCCGUUGUAAAUAUUCAUUGUAGUGAGUUGUGGAAGCCUCCUGCUCUCACAGCUUCGUUUGAGAGGAACGGAUUUGUUUUAAGUUCGAGCGACUGCAGGCGUUGUGGGUUGAGGGGAAGGGGUAGGAGAAAACGGGGAGGGAAGGAGCAGCACAUUCUGUCAGGGCAGAAAACUAGCCCUUCCAGACGGUUCCGAUAUCUUCACAAACAUGGCAACAGAGGCCGAGUCAAAAUUCAGCAAUCCUCCAGCAGCUCAAGUUGCUCUUUCAGAACUUGGUAACAAUACUAGUAAGAUGUUGUCUGGAAAUGAAGAUCAAACUGAAGCCAUUAUGCUGCCAAAUGAAAUCAAUGGCAACUGGAUAUCACGAGAGACAUCCAUUCAUGAAGCUCGGCUCAAAGCCAAAGCCAAGAGACGUUUGAGGAAGAACUCGUCUCGGGAUUCUGGCCGAGGAGAUUCUGUCAGUGAUAAUGGGGAAAGUAGUCGAAAUGUUGUUCCCACUAGCCCAAAGGGAAAAAUGUUGGACAGAAAAUCACGGAUGGGAAAAGGAAGAGGAUUGCCUAAGAAAGGUGGUGCAGGGGGCAAAGGUGUCUGGGGGUCACCUGGUGAGGUGUAUGACCUGGAAGAAGUGGAUGUUCGAGAUCCCAAUUAUGAUGAAGAUCAGGAGAAUUGUAUAUAUGAAACAGUGGUUCUACCUUUAGAUGAAGGGGCUUUUCAGAAAACUGUGACUCCAAUUGUACAAGAAUACUUUGAACACGGUGACACUAAUGAGGUUAUGGAACUGCUGAAGAACUUGAAUCUUGGAGAAAUGAAGUGUACAGUGCCAGUGUUAGCGGUAUCGUUGGCUUUGGAGGGGAAGGCUAGCCACCGAGAGCUUACCUCCAGACUUCUGGCUGAUUUGUGUGGGAAAGUGCUCACUACAAAUGAUGUGGAAAAAUCAUUCGAUAUGCUACUGAAGGAAUUGCCAGAACUAGCCUUAGACACUCCUGGAGCACCACAUCUGGUAGGCCAAUUCAUCGCAAGAGCCGUAACAGAUGAAAUUCUGUCAAAAAGUUAUAUUGAAAGUUAUAAAGGCAAGGUGGAUUGUGAGAACGCCAGAGUUGCUUUGGGUAGAGCAACUGUGCUGCUCAGCAUGAAGAGGGGUGGUGUGCGUUUGGACAACGUAUGGGGAACAGGAGGUGGACAAAGGCCUGUUGAACAACUUACCCAAGAGAUUGAGAUGUUGCUGAAGGAAUACCAAGUGUCUGGAGAUGUAGGAGAAGCUGAACGUUGUCUGCGGGAACUUGAAGUGCCACACUUUCACCAUGAGCUUGUGUACAAGGCUAUAGUGAUGGUUCUGGAAUCAACAGGAGAAACAACCUUCAAUAUGAUACUAAAGCUGCUGAAAUCCUUGUGGGAAUCUAUUAUCACCGUGGACCAAAUGAACAGAGGCUUUGAGCGAGUAUACAAGGAAAUUCCAGACAUCCAUUUGGAUGUGCCGCAGGCUUAUGCAGUAAUGGAACGGUUCGUGGAACAGUGCCAUCAAAUGGGGAUCAUAGUGAAAGAGCUGAGAGAUCUUUGUCCAUCUCGGGGACGCAAACGUUUUGUUAGCGAAGGAGAUGGUGGACGUUUCAAGUGAAACAGUUAUCACACAUGUACCUGAUUUUCUUUUUUUCUGCAAUCAUAUUUUGAUUAUAGCUUUUCAGUCCACAGAGUUCACAUUACAUGUGAGCUUUGGGGAGGGGUUAAACCUCAUUAAAUAUUUUCGAGUGCAUUCACUGCGAGAAUAGAACCAAAAAGCACUUAAUAUGUAGGGUAUAGAUUUUCUUUUUCCAGGGGCGGGGGCAACGUUGGAAUUUAAUUAACAAAUGCCACAUGCUUGUGGUAAUUGAAAAUAAGCUGCUUAAGGGUUGAAGUAAUCUGAUCAUUCCAUAGUCUUGUACAAAUAUCACUGCCACACCUUUUUGAAUACUAUGGUCUUCAAAAGGACUGGUUGAUGUACUGAAAUCUGCAUUGAUGGGUUACACAUGCUAUGUGUAAUAGAUCUCUCUUGGCUGCUAAUGCUAAAAAUGUGCUUCGUGCAGUUUCAAAGCUGGACUACCUUAUUUCUGUACAAGUUCCAGCAGAAUGUAUAAAAUAUCUCUUUGACUUUCAUUAAAUAUUGAUUGAGGAUGAA